AUGAAUGCAACGGAUAUACGUUUAAAAGCAUGGACGCCUGCAGUACCGCGCAAAACACCGGACAACAUUGUGUCUUCGAGUUAUACAACAACGAGAGCGUUCGUGCCGUCUUAUGAAAAAGAGAAAAGACCUUGCAUAGAACAACUACUCUCAAAUGAAUAUCAACGAAUUUGGUGGCAGGAAAAAAUAAUUUGGGAUAAGACUGUAACUACUAAAAGAUUUGCAAGCAAAAAGAUAUUACCCCGUAAGAUGAUUAAGAGAAAAGUACCAAAAUGUGUGACUGUUAAAUAUCCAAUAAGAGAAGAGCGAUUGAAAGAUAAAAAGAGAGAAGAGUUUCAAAAGAAGUCUGCUCAGAUUCCUAAAAUUGAAGAGACGAUAUUUGCAAAACAUAAGAACUAUGAAGAAACAAAGUCACAGAAUCGCGAAGAAAUAAAAACGGAGAAUCGUGAAGAAACAAAGUCACAGAAUCGCGAAGAAAUAAAAAUAGAGAAUCGUGAAGAAACAAAAUCACAGAAUCGCGAAGAAAUAAAAACAGAGAAUCGUGAAGAAACAAAAUCAGAAAAGUCUGAGAAAGAAAACAUUCAAGCAGAAUACAGAGAAACGAAAUCAGAACAAGUUGAGGAAGCGAAAUCAGAAAAAAGCGAAGAAACGAAAUCAGAAAAAUAUAAGGGAACUAAAUCAGAAGAAUACGAAGAAACGAAAUCGCAAGAACAUGAAGAAACAAAAUCAGAAAAAAAUUUGGAAGUAAAAUCGGAAGAGACACAUCGUGAAGAAACACAAUUAAAAAAAUAG